CCGCUCAAUUGUUUACAGUCGUGAUCUGCACAAUCUACUUAUAAGAAACAGCGACCCUGACUAGAGUCUAGCUCCACUACUUAGGUUUAUCUCCUUUGAGUUCUCCUUGCCAAACUCUGCUCGAGUAUCUACAAAUUGUUCAGCGCUAUGUCCUCAACUUCUAACAAACCUGACUAUAGUGCCCCUGCAUCAACAACUACUACAGAGCCAUUCGCCACCAAGAGCCAUGAUCCGGCCAGCCACCACGUCAAAGGUCUCAAGCUUGCCGUCCUUCUUGGCAGUCUGACCCUUGUGACCUUUCUCUCCUUCCUCGACACAUCCAUCAUUGGCACUGCCAUACCCUACAUCACUAGCGAUUUUCACUCCCUUUCAGACGUGGGUUGGUACGUCGGCGCCUACACGCUCGGAGCGGCAAUCCUGCAACCGCUAUCGGGCAAGCUGUACACCCAUUUCCACACGAAAUCCGUCUUCCUUUCCUUCGUCUUUUUGUUCGAAGUUGGCUCUCUGGUCUGUGGCUUGGCUCCCUCAUCGGCGGUGUUCAUCGUUGGCAGAGCAAUCGCUGGAUUAGGCGUAAGCGGCAUUUUCAAUGGCGCUCUUACGAUCAUAGCAGCAAGUGUGGAGAAGAGCAAGAGCCCGAUGUACACUGGGAUACUGUUUGGGGUGUCGCAGAUGGGAAUGGUAGCGGGACCAUUGAUCGGGGGUGGGUUGACAGAACAUGUAACCUGGCGAUGGUGUUUCUAUCUCAACCUACCCGCAGGAGGGGUGACAGCAUUCACUCUGACUUUCAUCCACUUUCCUGAGGUCAUAAAGAAAGAGCCCAUCUCUUUCGCUCUCCUACGCAAGGUCGCUCCCGAGCUCGACCUUUUCGGCUUCGUGCUCUUCGUUCCGCCCUCGAUCCUGUUCAUACUCGCCCUACAAUUCGGUUCUGGAAAUACGUAUAACUGGAAUAGCACGACUGUCAUUGGCUGCUUAGUCAGUUCUGGCGUACUCUUCGUGAUCUUCAUCAUGUGGGAGUGGAAGAUGGGCGAUCGGGCUAUGAUACCGGGCAAUCUCCUCAAGAUACGCAUCGUGUGGGUGAGCUACGCUUUCGGCAUGUGUAAUGCGAUUUGCAUAUUGGUGGCGAGUAACUUCCUCCCGACAUUCUUUCAAGCCGUGAAGGGUGAGGGCCCGUCUUUGAGUGGUGUGCACGUGCUGCCCAGCAUCUUGAGUCAAUUGCUGUUCAUCAUGAGCACAGGAGCGCUCGUAUCGAAGUUGGGAUACUACCUUCCCUGGGCAUUUGGUGGCAGCGUUAUCUUGGCCGUCGGCAACGGUCUCGUUUCGACAUUCUCGCCGACGACCAGUGUUGAAAAGUGGAUUGGGUACCAGAUAGUCAUGGGAGUAGGUCGCGGUGUUAUUUUGCAGCUUCCUCUCGUUGCAAUCCAAAACGCAGUCGCGCCUCCCCAGAUCGCUAUCGCCAUGGCCAUCCUUGUUUUCAUCCAGAAUUUUGGCGUGUCGAUUGGCAUCACGAUCAUCAAUGCCGUCUUUGCGCAAACACUCACCAAAGCCAUCCGCCGGUAUGCUCCAUCGGUCUCUCCGCAAGCUGUAUUGAAUGCCGGUUCUGGCGCUGACGCAGUCCGUGACUUGGUGAUCGGGCACGAAGAGGAGCUCAAUGGUAUACUAGUAGCCUAUUCGGAGAGUCUACGCAACGUUUUCUGCAUCUUAGUGGGGUUCUCGUGCGCAGCAGUCCUUUUGAGUCUGGGAAUGGGGUGGGUUGACGUUCGGAAGAAGAAAGAGACAGCAAAGCCGACACAAGAUCUUGAGGUCCAAGCAGAGAAGGUGGAGGGCUAGGGGUUGACUUACGGAGUGAAGCAAUAUGUCGCUGGUAUUUCACCGGUCCUGGCUGCGAGAAGAUAGAAUGAUAUCUCGUCCUGUAAUUGUACAUUGUACCAACAGCUCGUCUUUCGAAAGAAUGUGUAAGGCGUUGGCCAAUUAAUAGCGUCGACCUCACAAUGCGUUCGGCAUGUAGCUACCUACAAUAGUGCAGAC